CGUCGGCGGGAAGACGCUCGUAAACUCCUUCAGUUUCGAGACUUUGAGGUUUGAAAGAAUCAAGGUAGAUAAGAACGCAAUUGUAAGUGGUUGCAUCGUGUGCCGUGCUCUGAAUAUUUAUGAUGGAACGAUGAUUCGGAAACUGUAACGACUAACUUUGCGACUGUAAAGCACAGGUUUACGGCUUGGUACUCUCAACGAACGUAAGAUUUGAAAGAUAUCAUUAAAUGAAACUUUAUAGACAUACCAGCAAUGAAAUGAGUUCUUUUUAUAUUAAAAAAAUGGUAAACCAAACCAGAAAUGAACAGAAAAUUAACAUUAGAAAAAUUGACGAUGAGAAGAGAAAUGAUACCAAUUUACUUGAAAUUACUGAAAAAAGAAUGAUAUCAUUCCACGCGACAGACAAUUUAAAAAAUGAUAACAAAAUGAAUAUAAAAAAGAGUGAAAAUUAUUCCAAAUGCUUUGUUAAAUUGGAGAGACUUAAUUAUAAUGAUCGAAAUGUUGACUACAGAUUUAGCGAUGAAAAUACAUCAUUGGACAAAAAAAAUUAUCCAACAAGCAGAACUUCCAGGGGAAAAUUAAAUGACCAAGCAUCUACUUAUGAGUGUCAUAAUAAAAUCGUUGGGAACAAAAUACCAACUGUUGUUCUUGAAAGAUUGAGUUCUAUAGAUACAUUGUUAAAAAGUAAUCAAAAUUUUAACUUUAACAAUCGUGUCUUACCUACGGCAGAUGCGAUUAUACUUGAGAAAAAAAAUUAUCUGGAUGUUAUUGAUUUGACAUGUGAAAAAGAUCAAAACAAUUUUGAAAAUCAUUUUAUUCGUGUUCUAGAAGAUAAAAUUAUAAGUAAUAUAAAAGUCACUUUUAUAAAGAAGAAAUACAAUAAUGAAGAAGUCAAAGUACUUAUUCAUUUUUCUCAAAAGCAGCAAAUUACCAUGUGCUUCACAAUAAACGGAAAUAAUGUUCCAGUAUCAGAACUUAUGUUACUGGUUUAUAAAAACAUUCCCCACGAAUACCAUAAUAUUUAUGAAGUUGAUGAUCCAAUCAGCAAGUUUAGUUAUGUUAUUACAGCAUCUCCAUUAGAAAAUAAAACAUGGUUUUGUUUAAACGAAGAUUCAAAUAAAGAAACCACAGAAAUACUUUGGAUUUCAACUUGUUCAAGCGCUAACAAGUGUAUCUGUGUAUGUAUACUAGACCAAAUAAGCAGUACAAAAAAAUUAACGUCAGAUUUGAAGAGAAAUAGUAGUGUAAUUUUGUCGUAUCCACCUCCACCUAUUAAGUGGGAAGCAAAUAUUACCGUUGAUGACUUCAAAUGCCUAGAUCCGAAUCAAAAUUUAAAUGAUGUUAUAAUUCAUUUUUAUUUGCAAUACUUAAUGCAUGAAUUAUUAUCAGAUGAACUUCGAAGAAAAGUUCAUUUAUUUAAUACUUUCUUUUAUACAAGAUUAUCAAAUCCAAGACUACUGGAAAAUCAAACGGAAUUGACAUUAGCAGAGAGGCAAUACAACGAAGUAAAACGGUGGACAAAAAAAAUCGGCAUUUUUGAAAAAGAUUUUAUCAUUAUACCAGUGCACCAAAAAUCUCAUUGGUUUUUGGCUAUCAUAUGUUAUCCAAGUUUGAUAAAGAAUAACUUGAAAACAUUUGACGAAUUUCAUGAAAAUUCAAAAAAACCUAGUAUAAUGAUAUUUGAUUCUUUGACGAAAUUAAGCGUUGGAAGGUCUAAAGUGGCUAAUGAUAUCAAAAUGUAUUUGAAAUCUGAAUUUGAUUCCAGAAAAGAUUACAGUCAGAGUUUACCAGUGAACGAUAUUAAAAUAAUUUAUCCUAAUGUACCUCAACAACAAAACUGCAACGAUUGUGGAUUGUUUUUAUUGCAAUAUGUUGAAUCUUUUAUCAAGGAUUUUAUCGUUGCCGAAUCUCCAAAUUUUUCCUUAAUCGAAGACUUGACAAAUUGGUUCGACCACAAUGAAAUAAGUGAGAAGAGAAAUAAAAUAAAAAGAUUAUUGGUAAAAUUGAAAACUAGUCCGAAAAUUAACUAAUUCAAAUUAAUAACA